UACACCACUACGAUCAACAGUACCUUAUUGGCAAGGCCACCAGUCUAUUUCUAAUGGAAACCAAUAUAAAAGCCAUAGUUAUUAUUGUUCUAAAACUCCACUUCGUCAAAACCAUUAUCACUCUGAAAUUUCACCUCAUCGAAAUAAUUGUCACUCUGUAACUUCACCUCACAGAAAUCACCGUCAUUUCAACAUACUGCCUAACUGCCAACCUGAAACUUCGAAUCAGAAUGUUAAUAGAAAUUAUCAAGAUACUGGGAGUCAUAGUUGA